ACAUCUAGAUACACAAUACAUGUUACAUGUCUACGUUUACCUAUUAAACGAUAAAAAAACAAAGAGUAACGUAUACCCAAAAUCCAAAUAACUUUUUUUUGAUUAAAACAUCCACAGACUUGACCUCACCAAAUCACACCAUUCACCUUGAAACCACACAAUGUUUAUAAAAACCUCAGCUUCUUCGAACUUGUGUUCCCAUUUAGCAGAGUCAACAUUGGCUCCUCGAAACUUCCCGGCAAAAAAAACAAAUCAAAAUGACCCUUCUACCCUUCCUCCUCUUCUUCCUCACCUCAAUCCCCUUAAACGUAAUUUCCCAGCUCGACGAACGGUCAACGCUUCUCAACCUGAAACGCCUCCUCGGCCAACCACCGUCUCUCCGCCUAUGGAACGCCACAUCAUCCCCGUGCCAAUGGCCGGAAAUCACCUGCGUCGCCGGAAACGUCACCGGAAUAAACUUCAACAACCAGAACUUCACCGCCGCCGUUCCGACGAGCAUCUGCGACUUCCCGAACCUCAAUUUUCUCGAUCUAUCGUACAACUACUUCCCCGGCGAGUUUCCGACGGCUCUCUACAACUGCACGAACCUCCGCCACCUCGAUCUCUCCCAGAACAACUUCAACGGCACGCUCCCCGCCGACAUCAACCGCCUCUCGCGCCGCCUCGAGUACCUCGACCUCGGAGCCACCGGCUUCUCCGGCGACAUCCCGGAGACGAUCGGACUCCUCUCGAGCCUCAGGGUGCUGAAUCUCUACCAGAGCGAGUACGACGGCGCGAUUCCGCCGCGGAUCGGAGACUUGACCGAGCUCGAGGAGCUUCGCCUGUCGUACAACGACAAGCUUACGCCGGGGAAGAUCCCGGCGGAGUUCGGGAAGCUGAAGAAGCUGAGGUACUUGUGGCUGACGGAGACGAAUCUGAUCGGGGAAAUCUCGGCCGUUGAUUUCGGGAGCAUGAUGGAUCUCGAGCACGUGGACUUAUCUGUUAACAAACUAUCGGGUCGGAUCCCGGACGGGUUUUUCGGGUUGAAGAAUCUAACCGAUCUCUUUCUCUACGCUAAUGACUUAACAGGAGAGAUCCCGAGAUCUAUUACCGCGACAGAAUUGGUAGCGCUUGAUCUCUCCGCUAACAACUUAACCGGUUCGAUUCCGGAACAAAUCGGUAAUCUUAAAAAACUAGAGUAUCUAAACCUGUUCAAUAACCAGUUAACCGGAGUAAUCCCAUCGGUUAUCGCGAAAUUACCGAGAUUAAAAGAUCUGAAACUCUUCACCAACAAGUUAACCGGAGAAAUACCGGCUGACAUCGGGUUUAAUUCAAAGCUCGCGAGUUUCGAAGUAUCAGAGAAUCAGUUAACCGGGAAGUUACCGGAGAAUCUCUGCAACGGAGGUCGUCUCCUCGGCGUGGUUGCAUACUCUAACAAACUCACCGGCGUAGUUCCGGACUCUCUCGGGGACUGUAAGUCACUCCUCACUGUUCAGCUACAGAACAAUAACUUCUCCGGCGAGCUUCCUUUCCGGAUCUGGAAUCUUCCACAUAUGUACAGUUUACAGAUAAGUAACAACUCUUUCACCGGGAAGUUACCGGAGAGAGUCGCUUGGAACCUCUCGAGGAUUGAGAUAGAUAACAACAACUUCUCCGGCGAGAUUCCGAGAACGAUCGGUACUUGGUCUUCUCUAGCCGAGUUCAAAGCCGGGAACAACGGCUUCUCCGGCGAGAUUCCGAAGGAGAUUACAUCUCUUUCGAAUCUCAUAUCGAUAUUUCUUGAUAAGAACAGUCUCUCCGGUGAGUUACCGGAAGAGAUCGUCUCGUGGAAGUCGCUGACGACGAUGAAUCUGUCGAAGAACAAGCUCUCCGGGAAGAUCCCGAGAGGUUUAGGAUCGUUGCCGCAUUUGCUGAAUCUCGAUCUGUCGGAGAAUGGAUUCUCCGGCGUGAUUCCGCCGGAGAUCGGGAAUCUGAAGCUCACGACGCUUAACUUGUCGUCGAACAGGCUCACCGGGGAAGUCCCCGAGCAGCUUGAUAAUCUCGCUUACGAGAGGAGUUUCUUUAACAACACCAAUCUCUGUGCGGACAAACCGGUUCUUAACUUACCGGAUUGUCGGAAACUGAUCGGGAGAUCAAAAGGGUUGCCUGGUAACAUCUUCGCGAUGAUUCUAGUCAUCGCGAUUCUCCUCCUUGCCAUCACUCUGCGGACGUUCUUUGUGGUUCGGGACUACACAAGGAAACGAAGGAGGAGGAGAGGGUUAGAGACGUGGAAGCUAACGUCCUUUCACAGAGUAGAUUUUGUAGAUUCCGACAUCGUGACGAACCUGAUGGAACACAACGUGAUAGGUAGUGGCGGGUCGGGGAAAAUCUACAAGAUCUUCAUCGAAGGGACGGGAGAGUACGUGGCGGUGAAGAAGAUAUGGAACAAGAAGAAACUCGACAAGAACCUAGAGAAGGAGUUCUUAGCCGAAGUCGAGAUUCUCGGAACGAUCAGGCACGCGAAUAUAGUGAAGCUACUGUGUUGUAUAUCGAGAGAGGAUUCGAAGCUUCUUGUGUAUGAGUAUCUAGAGAAACGCAGCUUGGAUCAGUGGCUACAUGGUAAGAAGAAGAGAGGUACUGUAGAGGAUAAUAGCCUGAGCUGGGCGCAGAGGUUGAAUAUCGCGGUGGGAGCAGCUCAAGGGCUUUGCUACAUGCAUCACGAUUGUAUUCCUGCGAUCAUACAUAGAGAUGUCAAGUCGAGCAAUAUCUUACUUGAUUGUUUCAACGCCAAGAUUGCGGAUUUUGGAUUGGCUAAAUUGUUGGUUAAGCAAAACCAAGAACCUCAUACCAUGUCAGCUGUUGCUGGAUCUUUCGGUUACAUUGCUCCAGAAUAUGCAUAUACAUCAAAGGUGGAUGAGAAGAUCGAUGUGUACAGCUUCGGGGUAGUUUUGCUAGAGCUGGUUACUGGAAGAGAAGGAAACAACGGAGACGAGCAUACAAACUUGGCAGAUUGGUCAUGGAGACAUUACCAAUCAGGCAAACCAAUCGAAGAGGCUUUUGAUGAGGACAUCAUGGAAGCUUCCAACGUAGAGGAGAUGACAACAGUGUUCAAGCUUGGGCUAAUGUGUACUAACACACUCCCUGGUAACAGACCAACCAUGAAGGAGAUCUUGUACAUGCUUCGCCAGCAAGGACAUGCGGAUACAAAAAAGAUUGCAACGGAGGCACAUGAGGCGCCUCUACUCGUUAGUUUAUCAGGUCGGAGGACGAGUAAAAGGAUAGAAGAUGAAGAACUAGGUUUUGCGUAAUCAAUUAAUCACAACAACUUUAAGGUUGUUUCCUUUUGGAGAUAGAGGCACCACUAGUCGUUGUUUAUAGGGUACUGAUGUAUAACUAGGUUUUGUGUGAUCAAUAACCACAACUAUGAGGUUGCUACUUUUUUUGAGAGAAUGUGUACAAAUGUAGUUAGGAACCUUUAAGGGUUUUUUUUUUGGUUAUCAUAUGUUGUAUAAUCCAAAGCAAAGUUUUAGCAA